AUGUACAGAAUAUUAAAUUUAAAAUAUGCACAACGUGCCCUGUAAAUUGAUGGUUGAUAUGCAAACUGUUGUACUCUGCCGCAAGCAGAAAGUUUUAUGAGAGCAAAUUGUUUGCAGUGACUUCUCUGAUGAUUAUUUUCUUCUGUAGGAAUGGAUUUUAGAUAUCAUGGCGUACGACCACGACAGAUAUGCAAAUCACACGGAAUUAUGUUCGCUCAAAAUAUCGCUAAAAGACAUGAAAAAGAUUUUCUACAACCCAGAAAUUCAUUUGUUCAAUUAUAGAAUGAAGCCUUCCAAUCAGGAGUUUGGAAAUAUUUUGUUAGCCAUAAGCUAUCUUCCCACCGCACAAAGACUGACUAUUAACAUCAUGAAGUUACGCGACAUUAAAUUUACGCCAGCGGUGUCAAGUUUAAAUAAAUUUAAUCCGUACGUUAGAGUAUUAAUGUUGAACGGAAAAACGGGUAAAAAAAUAAAAAAAAAGAAGACCAGAUUCUUAUGCGCUAUCGCGCAUCCUGAAUUUAACGAGACUUUGACGUUUGAUCUAGCAGUCACUCAACUUGAUACCGUGCAAUUUUUAAUCGUGCUUUGCAGCAAGGUUUUACUGGAAGGAUCAUCCACUAAUGCAACUGAUCAUGCGAGUGAUAGUGAAGAUUCAGUCAACUCAUUCAGAAAAUCCGCGGAUAUCUUUUGCGGCAAAGUAGCGCUUGGAAAAGGAGUGAGAGGUUCAACGGAAAGACUCCAUUGGUUUUCAGUACUUCAAAAUCCAAGAAAACUCGUUACCGUGUGGCACACUCUUAAAUGACAAAGAUCAUUGUUAAGUUGUUACAUGUGUAUGUACAAAAGGCAAUUAUAAUUUUGCGACAUCUUUUACGUGCA